UCGGACCGUCGUAGGUUCGUCAACAUGGUCUGACAUCAGCGAUCUCAUAAAUUGUGCCAUCUGAAUUGCGAUCUCUUCUUGAAAAGAGGAACGAGGAACUGGCCUUCCUCCACAGUGAAUCAGACAUAGAUCCAUAGAUAGUGAUACAGAACUGAACGGCUUCCGUUGUGCCUGUUACAUUAUCCGACUUCUGUUUCCGUUUUUAUGAAUCACAAGGACACAUUCCCUUCACUGCCGUACUACCGUAACAGUCAUGACCCAAGAUUCUGACACUCAAGAUGCUACCAAUGCCUCCAGCACGGCACGAUCGACCUACUCCUUCGUUGAUGCCGACCAGAAAGCCCCUCAAGGUCUACUCAGGUUCGAGGAUUACCCGCAAGCGGUCCUCAUGACCGGCUUCGUGGCGCUCAUUGUGUUCGCCAUCUUCGGCUCCGUAGCCAACUUUGUGUCCAUGUUAGCCUUAACGCGGUCUUCGAAACCCUCCAACACGACCAACUUGCUUUUGGUGAGCUUGUGUUUCUGCGACCUCAUCUUCUGUUCAACGAGCACUCCCUUCGCUGCCACCAUCUUCUGGUACGGCAAGUGGGUCUACUCUGAGCUAGGCUGCGUGGCUUACGGCGUCAGCCGCUACUUCAACGUCGGAGCGUCCAUGUUCACCAUAGUGGCCGUCGCUAUCAAUCGUUUAAUCGUGAUCGCUUAUCCGAGAAGACACAAAUUGAUCUUCACACCCGGAAAUAACCUGCUGUUCGUCGUGUCCACUUGGGUGGUGGCCUUUCUCUUGAUCAUCCCACCCACCGGAAAACUGUGGGGUGAGUUCAAGUGGGAUCCCGCCAUCGGAUCAUGCAGCGUAGUUCCCUAUAACGGUCGUACUUCCAGACCCUUUUUAUUUAUGUUUGUGAGCAUCGCUCCGAAUAUUACCUUCGUCUACUGCUACAGCAGGAUCUACUUUAUCGUGCGGAGGACACGGCGUAGUUUACGAAGCCAUUCCCGGCGAACGUCCAAGAGUAACACCGUGAGUCUUCCAAACGUCCAGCUCUCCGAGAAGGAAAAAAAGAACGGGAGACUGCUGUGGAUGAUUCUGGUGAUUUUUGUCACGUUUACAUUCAGCUAUCUUCCGCUGCUCGUCGUGCAAGCGUUCGGAAUUUUCCGCGAUUCUCCGUGGGUGAGGGUGUUAUGUUGUAUCACAUUUUCCUUUUCUGGAUGUAUCAAUCCCAUCAUUUACGUCUGUAUGAGUCGCGAGUAUAGGAAAUCAUAUUUUGAAUUGUUCCGGGGUUCAAAUGGGACGUCGUAGGUGGUGGAGGCAAAACCAAGAUCGUAACAGUAUACGAUCCAGUCUUGGGCAGCAACUAAGUUAAAAGCAACGUGUGGCUCUAACUAGUUACUUUUUGAAGUAGCUAUAUAGUUACUUGUCAACGAAGGUAACUUGUUACUCCUUUCGGUUCAAGUUACUGUACUCAGGUGUGGCAAUAUUUUCAGUUCCGUGGUGUUGUUUUGUCGUGGCUUCAAGUACGCUGCCGUGUUUCUCGACCAGGAAUACCGGAAAUUUUGUCAUUUCAUACGCAGCUACGAUGUCUUCGACUAAGCCCCACCGAAUCCUCUGUUUAUAACCCGGUUUAACUAUGCUACAGGAUGGAACAUGUGCUAAAAACAAAAUUUUUUAGAGUUACAUUUAUUCGACUUUUUCUUCUCAGAAGAUAACUGUAAAAUAAUAAGUUACUUUAACGUGAGUUACAAGCUAUGUGUAACUUUACUUUUUUUGAAUAACUUGCACAUGGCUCACUAUGAUCCGCUGUGAUGUCCACGCACAAAGACCGACAACACCGCCAUAUAGCCUGAGAACAGCACUACCUUGUUAUGGACGGACGGGACGGACGUAUUUCAUGAGCGUCUCCAACUCAUUUUUCGAUUGAUUGCGUUGUGUUUUCUGUGGACUUGUUGUGCCUGUUUAAUCUCGAGUGUUUUGCCCUCUUUAUGAGACGAAUGAACUUAUGUUUGUUGUUAAACUUGUUAAAACUAUAAACGUACCAAUAAACUCAUGCUAUGA